GAGACAGAAACAGAAUCGCCCAAUGGUUAUGUGUUGUUUAAUUAUGAUCGGUUUAACAUUCAUCAUUUGGCUUCUUGCCAUGGCAACUCCAGACUGGAUAGUUUUCUACGUUAGAAACAACUUGUAUCCUACUGGAAUGAGCUUAAAAAUGAGCCUAUUUUGUUACGUAACCUGUGAAUCUACUAGGACAUGUGACCUUAUUGCUAUUUCCUGGGAUAUGGCGGAUCCAAAAUCUUACCCGUCAAACCAGCCCUCUAUACCCGAGAUUCAGAUAGUGAGUACUUUCGCUAUCAUUCUGUGCGGAGCAGUGUUCGUGCUAGAGCUGGUCAACUUUAGGAUAUUUUCACUCAAUCCAUCUAAAACGGUCACAAGUGCAAUAUUGAUGCUAAUAGCAAUCGUAUCAGAGACUGUGCUCAUUGGUAGAAUUGGACGUAUGGUAACUCGAGUGACAGACGAAUUUAAAAGAAUACACCGCUCAGAAUUAGCUGAUCUUGAAAGAAAGUUACGAGGAGCCGAUAUAACGAACAUCGAUGAAAUAAUCUCGUUUUUCGUUUUAGAAUCCAGAAAUUUCCUCAAUAAAAUUAUCCCAAGAGUAGAAUUGGAUAACGGAGACAUUAUUUAUAAUCAGUUUGAUAUUUUGAAAGAAACAAAACACUUUUAUCAAAAGUUAUAUGGAAACAUCGAUGACUCUAUACAAAAUGUCAAUUUGGAGGAGGAAGAUAAAUAUCCAGACAUAGUUAAACUCUCAGAGGAAGAAUCCAAAUCUAUAGAGGGUCAUAUCACAUUAGAAGAAGCAGGGGAAACAUUAUAUAAAAUGAAGUCUAAUAAAUCACCAGGCUCAGAUGGGUUCACAUCAGAAUUUUUAAAAAUGUUUUGGAAACUUUUAG